AUGCCGCGAGCUCCUGCUAAGCCAGACCCCGAGCGUCAGCUCAUGAUCAAAACGAAGGCUUGUCAAAGACUCUUGAAAGAGGUGGGUUACUACAAGAAAGAAGUCAAAGAGAACGAGGCAAAACUUCAAUCCAUGAAAGACGAGCAACGAGAUCCACAUGACAUUAAGAAAUUUGAGGAAGUUUUAGGUGAGAGCUACAUGAUGGUGCCGGAUAGUGAAACUCGACUGCGAAAAAGCUUGGAGGAUUUGAUGCAAUUUAUGCAGUCGGAUGAAUAUACGCAGCGACAGCAACAAUCGCAGACGAGUGAAUGGGAAAGCACGGCCCGAGAAAUGUUGAAGCAACAACACACAGGCAGCAAUGACGGUGGCAAGAAUGCUGAUUCUUGUGAUGUCCAGGAAACAGAUGUGACUGAUUUGAAAGAUGAUGAAGCUUUUUAG